AAUCACUUCUUAUCCCUCUGGGACAUUCCUCACUCACUUGCAAGCUGCAAUAAUUACUGUGAUACUUGCUAAUUGGAUUAGUACUAUACAUUUUAAAAUCCACAACAAUAGGGUAAGCCUCCAGCACUUGUGUUAGUGCAUGCAUGCACACGUGCCCAUUCAGUGCUAGUGGAUGUUUGCUGUGUGAGCAUGGUAUGCAAAUGUGGGCGUGCACGAUUGGUGUAAUGAAGGUGUCACUGUGGGCAGGGGAGGAGUGACAGGCAGCAGGGCGGUGCAGCUGUUAGCAAUAACAUUCAUUCUGUGGUGAUUAAACAACAGUGACCUGAAACAAGACAACUGUGCUUACUCAGAAAUUAGUGUCUGUCAUUUGGAGGGCAUCUUCAAAGCGUUUUGUUACCAGUGACUGGCUGGAGGCCGAACAUCCGGAUUGCUCAAAACGGUUUUACAUCAGCAGACUUGUCACCAUGGCAACAAAGCCAUUGGCCUGGCAGGAUCAGGGUCCUCUCAACACACUAGAGGAGGGGGUCAAUGAGUUCUGGGCGCAAGGUGUAGCAGGUGCAACCAAAAGCCAUGACUCCCCACUGCAAGAUAAAGAGGCUCCCAGGGCAGAACCUGAAGAGGACAUAAACGUCCAGGAGCCUGGAGCUCGAGAAAAAACACACCAAGAGAACCAAACGACGCUCUCGCCUAACGACACAGCUGAUGCAACUGAAUCAGAAAACCAGGAAUUAACAAGAAUUUGUGUGUGCACCCCCAGGGAGACACAAGAGAUGGUGACAGAAUUAGAACAAGCUGCCCAACUUUCAGAAGCAUUACAGGCUCAAGAGGAAUCGGAGAAGUCUACUGAUCCAUGUGAGGAUGCUUUCUGUCCAGACUGUGUCGUUACGUCUCCUGAUAGACAGAUUAGUCCAGAAGGGCCUCCUCUUCUCCCUGAGCCGGUAAAUAGAGAAACAGAUUCAUCACCUGAGGAGAUGACAGGAGAUAAUAUGAGAACAGAGGAAAAUGGCUCACAGCUGAACGUCUUACAGGAUAGUUUCAAUAGUGAACCAGAUAAUAUGUCAAGGGUUUCUGCCGCCGCAAUAAAUUCAACUGUUCCUCAUUCUCAAUCUGAUAGAAACAACUCAGAUGAUGAGUGCUCUGCUCCUUUUGCUGAUAAAAGCAAGGAAAAAGAGGAAGUGAGCAUAGAUAUUAUGUCUUGUCAAAAGCAAUCAAGAUCCAAGUCUUUCGAGGCCUCAUAUUCUGCCUUUGAACAAGACCCAACCUCCUCUACAGUUCCCUCUGUCGAACAUCAGGAGGAGCUGUUGUCCCAGAGUCCAAGUGAACCUGCCCCCAGGGGAGAAAACCAGGAAGCGGCACAACAGGUGCACGGCCAGAGCUCCUCACCUUUGUCAACUGUUGCCAUGGAGCUGUGUAAAUGGGGCGGGGCAGCUUCUCAAGGCCCCGGUUGUUUGGUAGCUGUGAGAGAAAGGCACAGUGGGGCGGGGGUAAGCACAGAGCGAGAGAGCAAGCAAACAGGUGGAGAGGGAGGGCAGAGAGAGAGAGGACUUGAAAGGAACAGGUUGCUUGAGCAGCAACACGGUGGAGGACUGUUAACAAAAACAGACCGAGGACAAGAGGUUAAGCCAGGAAAACACAGCUUUGUGUAUUCUAAACACACCAGGAUGGAGAGUGACUCGUAUGAUGACAGCCAGAGUGACAGUGGGGUUUCAGCUGACUUCUCCCCAUGCAGCACUUUGGAGGGCAACACCACCAUCUCUCCAGCAGCGGCACCCAAAGAGACUCCCAUUGAGAGGGAGAUCCGACGGGCUAUCGAGCGUGAACACAGCCUGAGAAGGUCCAGAGGGCUACCAAAUCCACCUACAGCACCAGAGUAUGUAGAGAUCCCUCUAAGGAAAACUGUUCUCUGCCAGUCUAUCACUCUAAACUCUGAGAGGUGUCAAGGCAAAGACAGGCAGUUUGCAGGCAAGAAGAUGCAGCAAGAGAUCCACGAGGAGACCCAGAGGGAGCAGGAUCUGGUAAAGCUUGGAACAGUUCCAGGUUUCUAUGACAAAGGCACGGUACGCCAACUCAAAGACAGAAAACAACUUUUUGAGGCCUUUCAGAAGCCGGAUGACUCGACUCUUAGUCUGUCAGCCAGGAGUCAGGCCAUGUCCUGGUCCUCUGUCAGUGACAUUACAACCCUGGAGGACCAGGAGGACAUCUCAUCACAGGCGUCCACCAUAAGAGGCUCACAUGUGGAGAGGAUUCACACGCAGGGUCAAAACCUAGCAAAAGGGGGGGGCACUCCCCGAGGAGCGGGCUAUUCUGAGGGGAAAGGCUGUCAGGUUAUUAUCCUGGAGAACAAUCUGAGUGUCCCAGCGCUGAAGCUCUACCACGCCAAGCCAGAGGCACAGCCCGUCACUGUUGUCGACUCUGGAAGAUCUAACUUCACAUCGUCCAGAACAGGAGGCCAUGAUGGGAUUAAAGUGAGAGAGCACGAAAAGGAGAAGGUAGAAGACGAGGGGGCACCCAAGGAGAACCCCUUUUUCAAGCUGCGCUCCUCAACAAAUUUGGUUAAAGUAGAGAAGGAUAUCCGGGAGGCUCAGGAGAGGGAGAAGGAGCUUCACAAGCAGAGGAUCAGCCUGUAUGGGGGCACAGAGGGAGCGGGGGGAGGUGGGGGGCCAGUCAUUGCAGAAGGAAAGACUCCCACGUUAUCUUCUUCUUCACUGAAUGGACUGGCUGUUCCUGAAUUACCCGUCUCAUCACCCAGAGGGGGAACGAGACCCACGGCAGCACGCCAGUCAGUUGGCAGGUUAGGCAUGUGGCCCCCGCCCCAGUCUGAAGAGGAGAAGAUUAACCGGCCAGAGGUCCUCCAGGGUUCCCUGACCCCCAGACAGAAGACUUCUCUGGUGCAGCGCUGGGAGUCCGGUCUAGUCAACGGACACAACACAGAGGACGACUGAGGAGACGUUUCUAGAGUGAUCUGAAAGAGUUAGGUUACAUGAAACCUGUAGUUUUUGAAGUGGAGGGCUGAAGGAGAUAAAAAGGAAAGCAGGGAGGAAAAUUGGAGCAGUGAUGAAGGGGAGGAAAGACAGAAUGUGAAUCCAAAAGAGGUCAGGGAUUGAGGCUACAAAGGGGGUCAGGAGGAUCGGGGCCAAGGUAAAGGAUUGCUUGUGGACUAAAAACCCUGAAGAGUCCUCCAUCAAGAAGGAGAGAAAAAGAAGGAGGAGGGCCACCUAUUAGUGGAUAAGCACUUGGCCUGUUUCCUGUGCUGGAAAACUCUAAGACUAAUGAAUGUUUUAAGGCAAACAAUAAUAAUGACUUUGCACAGGGGGAAAGAAAAAUGUAAAUUUAGUAAGAUUGAAGUUCUUUAUCAUUGGAACCUUUUUGUAAUAAUAAGGAGUUGUGAUGUAUUGAUGAAAAUAGAUUAAGUGGGGCUGUUUGUAGCUAGAAAAGCAAUGUGUCAUCCCCAGUUGUAUGCCUUCAAUUAUGUUUUAUCCCGAGUUAUAUUACACCUGCAUUAUCAAAUAGAAUCCCAUACAAAAGCCAUGCAAUAAAUCCUGUAGCUCAAUGUGUUCAGUUUAUAAUGAGUUUGUGUCAGAGGUCAUUCAUUAUAGAGUCUAUACUUAGCAACAAGUCUAACACAAAAAUAUACUGUUUCACUAAGAGAAAUAAUUUCAGCAUUAUUGUUUAUAAGCACUUUGUUGAGGUUUUCCUAAUAUAGUUACUCAGUGCAUAGAAAACUGACCUGACCUUUUGAACCAUUGGUAAACCUUGAAUGACUACUUAUGUUCUUAUGUUUCUUGCAUCACUAAGAGCCAGAUUAUAGUGAAAUUAAGCAGCUUUCUGUAACAGUGCAAUGCUGAUCUGGAUUUGAGAGCUAAAGGAUUUUAAUACACAUCUAAUGCUUAAGAAAUAGUUACUCUGUUGUUGUUUUUUGAUGCAGGAAAAAAGUAUUUUGGAAUGAAACUUGAUUCACACAA